AUGUGGAGGUGGCGUUUAGCCGUCCUCUUCUCUGCGCUUCUGGCUUCAGCCGGAGCAGACGGUGAAUCGACGACAACGACAGCAGCCGCAACGACAACGAAGAAAGGAGCAGAAGGACCGCAUCUGACGACUGACGACGAAGGAUUCCUCACCGUCAUCCAGGGAUUCGCCACUCAACUGCAAUGCGUGCUGAACACGUGCUCCAACGACGUCGUCUGGUACAAAGACGGCACGCAAAUCUCACAAGGAGCUCAAUUUCUGAACACGACUUCCGAGCGAGCGUACAAGUUCCAGCACUCGAUUGAGGUCGACUACGAGAAGGGAUGCACGGGAGAGUGCGACGAUUCGAAUCCGUGCGGCGACGGAUCUUCUUGCGUCGACAAUCAGUGCUGCUCGUGUCGACGCGAAGAGUUCACCCUCGUGCUCCGCAAUCUCACUUUCGACGAGUCCGGCAGAUACCGUUGCCAGCUCGGAAACAAGUCGGAACUUCUUGAGUUCCAGGUUGAAGUACUCGGUAACAAAUCGUGUUUUUCCAUAUUUUAUUCCGAUCACUUUCAGAAUCCGGCCUGAAAGGCGGUUUCCACGAGAACAUCUCGUACGAUCAUUCGGAGUGUUGCCAGGAAAAGGGAAUCUCUCCGCUGUGUCGUGGAAUGUGCAAGCCAUCUGAAAUGGAUCAGCAUCACUUCGAUCCGACCAGUUGCAAGACGGACGACUACAAGCACUUCCUCUCGUGCGCCACAGAAGGCGGCACCCGCUCACACGUCCAUUGCUGCAAGACCCAACUCGUGCCCAGCUUCUGCUACGAUUUCUGCUCGGGCGACUUCCAGAUGCUGCGCCGUUCUCACCGUCUGUGUCUCUACUAUCUGCCGGAGAUCUUUUCGUGUCUCGAUCGUGCUUACCGUAUGUUAUCGAACGAGAAAGGGGGCGUGUCUCGUGGUGGUGGAGCCCCGCAUCUUUCUGCUUUUAUGAUUGACAAGCCCGUUCGUGGAUAGAUCCCCUUCGCCCCGUUGUUGUACAUUUCUCUGUUUAUGUUCCUCUUUGUUAUGCAUGUCGAUAGCUUGUCCCUGCCAAUAAAAGUCCCUGCAUGUUCAAUCCUUUCUCCAUAGUUGUCCAGUGAAUACGAACGGAUUCUGUCGGCUUACGAGAAACAGAACUUGAAAUUGGACACUUUCGCUGAAGGCUCUGAAAACGGCUAUCAGAUUCUCAGCAUCCAUUCCGGUCUGUGUCUCGUAAUUCGACAACAGUUCCGCCCACGAAACACUCCUCUUUGUCCUAACCUUAGUUAAAUAUCAUGCUCUUCAUUCCAGUGCCCUAUCCGGAUCCUCCUCAAUCGAUCGAAGUGAAUGCAGUGGAGCACGACAAGCUGUCCGUUUGUUGGCAGGAACCCGAAAAGCACGAAUCGAACAAAAUGUUCCCGAUUCUCGAUUACGCCGUUUACUUCAAGGAAAUUCCCAAUUUCCCUCUGCUCGGCGGCGAUAUGUAAGCAAUACUCCGAGCUCCGAGAGUCUACUCCAUUUUCAGGGGUCUUCCACUGCUCACCGGCGACUAUUCGGAUAUUGGUGACAUUCAGGAGGACGAGUACCAACAGGAAGAGGAAGAAGGAGAUGAAGUGGUCAAAGAUGCGCCCGCUCCACGUGGCAAACGAGACGUCGACUUCGAAUCGGACGGCAUCAAAGUGCAAGUGCGCGAGAAGCGAUCGACGAUGGUCAUUGUGACCCGCGACGAUGUGACCAACUCGACGACUAUUCGAGAGUUCGCUUUCCGGAACGUCAACACGACGGAGAAGUGUAUCACUCUGUCGGAUCUCAGGUCUGCCACUCGGUACAUUGUUUACGUGACGGCGAGAAACGAGUACGGUACCAGUGUGCCGUCUGUUCGAAACAUCGCCUCCACAAAUGUGCACAUGGUCAAGAACAAUGAGAGCUUGCCUGAUUCAAUGAGUGAGUUAGAAGAGCGAAAAAAUAAACUGUUCCCUUUUUACAGAGUGUUGUUCUGCCGCCAAUGUCUCCACCUUCUGCGCGACGAAGAUGUGCAACGUGGCCGAGGAUCCGACCUCGUUCUCCACGAUCACAAUUGCCACGACUUGCCGUGCCGAGUGGCCACGCGUAUCCCCGUGCAUUGCCGACGGUCGCAACCACACGGAAUGUUGUCUUCGGAAGGGCGUCCAACACGAUUGCCUCGAGAUUUGCUCGGGAAGUACAAAAGAGCUCGGAGUGCACUCAGUGCUCUGCCUGAACCUAGAUCUGCAAGCCAUCUAUCAGUGCAUCCGCCAGGGAUACGAGACUCAUCCAUCUCCUCCUUGCAACGUGACCAUCUCGGACCUGACUGCUCACAGUGUGACUGUCCACUGGACGGAACCCGAUUCGAAUGCUCAUCUCGUCGAAAAUUACACUCUGUUCAUCCGGAAAAAUGAACACGGAGAACCAGUGCGAACUGUACAGAAUGUGAAAUCCCCGCACACGGAGCUGGCCCUGGAUCCCGAUUCUGAAUACGUUCUGACCCUGCAGUCGCAUUCCUCCAACGGAACGUCCCUUCCCUCCACUGCCAAACUGUUCUCGACCCUCCCGACGACUCGUCCUCCACUCUGUACCAUCGGAGAACCCAUCUACAUGAACGAUGGUCGUGUCAUGAUCUGCGACACUGUGAAUCCGUGCCCGAAUGGAUUCCGGUGCACUGGCGCCGGUUCCGAUCUCUCGUAUUGCUGUCCGCAUGAUGGAACCCACUCGUCCGAAGAGUUCUCGCAAUGCUGCAAAGAUCAGAAGAUGCCGGAGAACUGCAUGUCCAGCUGCCACUACAAUACCACUCUUGGAGAAGAAUGCAAAGAUAAUCUAAACAUUUGGGUUCAGUGCGCUUCCGAAGGGCACGAUCAUCUGAGAUGCUGCCUGCGAGAGGAGGUGUCGAAACCGUGCCAGCAGGCAUGCAUGCACCCGUUCACAGUGUCCACUGGUGAAUGCUUCGAAGAAGUGUCCAAGUACCGUACUUGCUUCACUGGUGCUCAUUUGGCUCUGCCUGCAGCCGUCAGGAAUCUCGAAGUCACGUCAAUCACGAAAGAUUCGGCAACAAUUUCGUGGGAAGAUCUGGAGGCGAAUAUUAUAGUGUUCCGAGUGCAACUGUUCGAAAGAAACGGACCUCUCCUGAAGACGGUCAACAGUUCUGCUGAUAUUUACCGUUUCUCGGAUCUCGAACCACAGAAGGACUACUCGGUUCGCGUGACUGCCAUCAAUCUUCAAGGAGAAGGACCGCCAUCGUGGAACGUCACUUUCACAACGAAACCUGCUCAAGUGUACGAUGCUGAUCGUCCUGUGGCGCCCGAAGGACUUCGUGUGGCCUGGAACUCUGGUCCACGUGUCAACGUGACAUGGAAUCGUGUAGCUAUCCGCCGGAAUGACGACCCGGUCACUAAACCGAUCGAGUACACUCUCUAUUAUCUCGACACUGAACAGAGCUCGACAUGGACCACGCUGAAGAGCAACAACACGUGGGUUGUGAUGAGAGAUCUCCGGAAAGACGCCCUUUUUUACGUGUACGUGACUGCGAAGGAAGAGAAUCGGACAAGUCGCAGCUCUUCGAUCAUCACAAUUCUGGCACAAAAGGAUUCCCUCGGACUUCCCGAACCACAAAUCACAAUCGAACCGGACCACAAGGACGGAGUAUUUUCUCCCGGAGACAAGAUGACCAUAAAUUGUUCCCUUCCCAAUAUCAAACAGAAGCAUCUCAAUAUCGAUUUGACUGUCGGCCCACAAGUUGUGCAAAAUGAUCACGGUGCGAUGUGGGUUAUUCUUGAGACAGAAGCCGACGAGUCAAUGGACACGGCGACGUGCGCAGUGUCCGAUACGGACGGACGACAACACGUGGCAAUGAAGCAUCUUGUGCUCGAGAGACACGCAACUCUGACGAUGAGAAGAGACAAGAUCCGAGUACUGGAUGAUCAGUCUGUCGAGAUUGAGUGCAUCUACCGAGGAGGCGGUCGUGAUCCAAAGAUUUCCUUCGAAAAAGACGGGAAGAAGGCAACACGUGGAUUCUUGAAUGUCAAGAAGACCGAAGCAGGAUACGUGGCCAAGUGGCAUGUGAGUUGACAAUCAAUCGCUCCAAAUCUUACUUUGUUUUAUAUUCAGAUUCGAAACGUGAAGCAGAACGACGCCGGCUUCUACAAGUGUAUCGUGACUUCUGGAGAUCAGCCACCUAUGGAAGCCAGUUCCGAAGUAAUCUUCUCGACGGAAACGCUCCCCGUCAAUCCGAAACUCAUUCUCCAAUGCUGCGAAGACGAGGGAAUCACCGGAGACUGUCUCCAAGCGUGCAACAUCGGACGUGUCGCUUUAUCUGCGAAAGAGCAGAACUGCACUCGCUUCGCCGCCUCUCUUCUCAAAUGCGCCAAUGAUAUCCGAGACCAUUCCGACUGCUGCAUCGCCAGCGGAGUCUCACCGAAGUGUCUGCCGUUGUGCUCUGGCGACAGCUUCUCUAGUGACGUGGAUUGCGCCGAUCACGCCGUUUCGAUCAUGUCUUGUUACGUGAAGAGCCACGAGCACGCACCGACGGCAGUAACGAACAUUCGAGUGAAGGCCAAGGAGGGCAAAGGAACUGUCAGCGUCGAAUGGGAUUACCCGCCCACUAGGGAUUACAAAUAUUUCGCCGUUUAUUAUCGAAAGGCACACGAUAGCAGUGAGGAUGACUGGCACAAAAUGAAGACGUUGCAGCAGAACGUACGUUGAUUGAUCCCGUUUACGAGUUGUUAAUGCUUGCAUGUUGCAGAUUGAGCUCGAAGUGGAUCCUUCGGAAGACUAUGAGAUCGGAAUUCUAGCAGCCAAUGCUCUCGGUCACAGUCGUCUAACGUACGCAGCAAUCCCGAAGGAUUCCGAAGGACGCCGUGCUUCUCCUUCGAAGGGAUCUUCGUCGGCAUUCUGGAUCCUCGUCAUCCUUACCGUCUGUGGUGUUCUGAUUGCUGGAAUGGCUGUUCUCGCGAAGAGAAGAGAGUUGCCGUACCCGUUCGGAAAGCUGAUGCGACGACGAAACGACCUCAACCAGCCGACAGUGGCAUUCGAGAAUCCAGCAUACGGAGAGCCUUGGACCGGUGAGACCGUUCGUUCGGUCUUUAUAAUUGCAUUUUAUUUUAUUUGCAGGUGCUGAAGUAGAAAUCCGAGGGCUUGGAGCGAAUUCCGCAGCUGGAGAGGCUUCAGCAACGCAAUCCGAGUGGCAAAGUGCGAAUCUCGAAGCAAACAACGCCGCGACAGACAACAGCCACGAGUACCGAAACGGCAUGCGAUACGCCAAACUCGAAACCUAA